UGAGCGCGCUGACGUCACUGCGCGGGCGGGCGGGCGCAGCGAUGGCGGCGGCGGGAGCGGGAGCGGGAGCGGCGCCGGUGGCGGCCCCGCCGCGGGGCAUCCGCGCCUGGCUGCGGAGCGCCUUCCGCUUCGCCACCGACCGCAACGACUUCCGCAGGAACCUGCUGGUGAACCUGGGGCUGUUUGCUGCGGGGGUCUGGGUGGCCCGGAACCUGACGGACAUCGACCUGAUGGCCCCGCAGCCCGUGCCCUAGCACGGAAGGAGCCGGAGCUGCCGGGAGCAGAGCUCGCCCUCCCACCAGGACCGGAGCUGUGGAGCUGCCCUGAUCCCCCUGGAGCUGCCCUGAUCCCUCUGGAGCUGCCCUGAUCCCUCUGGAGCUCCUCUGAUCCCUCUGGAGCUCCUCUGAUCCCUCUGG